UGGAUAUGGCUGCUACGACCACUUCCUUGAAGGUGACACCAUCCUCCACUCCUGGGAGGUGCUGGCCAAGAUCCUGGCUAGCGACGAUACGAUGGGCAUAGUUUGUGAUAUUGGAAUGCCCGUGGUGCACAAGAACGUCAUCUAUAACUGUCGUGUCAUUGUACACGACAAGCAGAUCCUACUCAUUCGCCCUAAGAUGUGGCUCGCCAAUGAUGGUAACUACCGCGAGAUGCGGUACUUUACUCCCUGGUCGAAGCACCGGCAGUGGGAAGAUCAUUUCCUCCCGAGGAUUAUUCAAACUGUCACGAAGCAGAUCAAAGUACCUUUCGGAGACUGUGUUGUGAGCACCGUGGACACCUGUAUAGGUGUCGAGCUCUGUGAGGAGCUCUUCACGCCCGCAAGUCCUCAUAUCGCAAUGGGACUCGAUGGCGUCGAGAUAUUCACCAAUUCUAGUGGGAGCCAUCAUGAGUUGCGUAAGCUUUACACCCGCGUUGAGCUGAUAAAGGAAGCAACGCUCAAGCUUGGCGGCGUCUACCUCUAUGCAAACCAACAAGGCUGUGACGGAGAUCGGUUGUACUAUGAUGGCUGCGCGAUGAUCGCCAUGAAUGGUCACAUUGUUGCCCAAGGUUCACAGUUCUCCUUGAACGACGUCGAGGUCGUCACAGCUACGAUCGACAUCGAGGACGUGCGUUCACAUCGUACGUCCCGCAGCCGCGGACUCCAGGCCGCAGGCUCCGAGGCGUUUCAUCGGAUUGAAGUGCCGUUUGCGCUUUCAAGUGGAAAGUUUGGCGAGACAGAUGGGGCGAUGACCCCGGCUCUCCAGUUCAAGCUUUCUGGAGCGAGGUUCCAUACUCCAGAGGAGGAAAUAGCACUCGGACCAGCAUGCUGGCUGUGGGACUACCUCAGGCGCUCUCGCACACAAGGAUACUUUGUUCCUCUUAGUGGAGGUAUCGAUUCUUGCGCCACAGCCGUGAUAGUAUACUCUAUGUGCCGUCUCGUGGUUGAGGCUGCACGUAAAGGAGACAAGCAAGUCAUUUCUGAUGCAAGGCGAAUGGUUGGAGAGCCCGAAGAUUCGACUUAUAUUCCUUCGGACCCACACGAGUUCUGCAACAAGAUAUUCCACACCUGCUACAUGGGCACAGAGAACUCUAGCGCAGAAACGAGAAAGAGGGCAAAGGACCUUGCGGCAGCGAUUGGAAGCUACCACGUAGACCUGAAUAUGGACACUCUUGUUACCGCCGUCCGUGACCUGUUCGCGUUUAUCACUGGCAUGCGACCGCAGUUCAAAGCCCACGGCGGAUCGGGUGCAGAGAAUUUGGCGUUGCAGAACAUCCAGGCACGGAUGCGGAUGCUUCUUGCAUAUCUCUUCGCUCAGCUGCUUCCUUGGGUGCGAGGCAGACAGGGUGCGCUCCUCGUCCUUGGCAGUGCGAAUGUCGAUGAAAGUCUCCGCGGCUAUCUGACGAAAUACGAUUGUUCAUCAGCUGAUAUCAAUCCUAUCGGUGGCAUCAGUAAGACAGACCUCAAGAAAUUCAUUGCUUACGCUCGGGAGGCAUUCGAUAUUCCCAUCUUGACCGAGUUUUUGACCGCCAUACCGACCGCAGAACUUGAACCAAUUUCAGAGACAUAUGUUCAAGCAGACGAGGCCGACAUGGGCAUGACCUACGACGAACUUUCGGUCUUUGGUCGCUUCCGCAAAGUGGAGAAAUGUGGACCGUAUGGCAUGUUCACGAAGCUGGUGCACGAGUGGGGCUCAUUCCUGUCUCCCGUUCAAAUUGCAGAGAAAGUCAAACUUUUCUUCUUUGAAUAUGCGCGCAACCGCCAUAAGAUGACAACUCUAACACCGUCAUACCACGCCGAAUCUUACAGCCCAGAUGACAACAGAUUUGAUCUCCGUCCUUUCCUCUAUCCGUCCAGAUUCCCGUGGCAGUUCAAGAAAAUAGAUGAAGUAGCUGCAGUCUUACCUGAUCGCUCCAACCCGGCUGCAGAUAAGACCAAGACCGACUAAGCAACGUAGAGAUCGAUUCUGUGUAGACAACGUAAGAGUGUACGCCCCAAUGGAACAAAGUUUUCCGAUAU